CCAGACCGGCGCUGAGAAGUGAUAACACCAGAGGCGACACGUGUGCUGUAAAAAUGACCUGUACUAGUUACUGUCAUUUAUUGGAGCUAAAAUGAAACAAUUUUGCAUUCAUCAUGACGUGUUAACGCCGCCACGGUGCAACAUCAGAACAAACUUCAACUGAACCAGUAAGAGAAGAACCACAUCCGAGGUUUUGCCUGCCAGCUCAGUAGCCGUAGUGUCCAAAAUGUUUUUUUCAUUUAGAAGUGCCUUUUUUAUAACAUUAAUGUUUACCCAGGCCCGUGGUGCAACUAAAAUCAUUCCAGCCAAUGCAUUUUUGGAAGACAUUUUUCGCUUCUACCGUCAAAAUGGCACUAUUUCCACUGAGAAUAUUAAUGCCAUGCUGGAUAAAGUUGGAGCCAGGAUACCGUCAGCUAACGGGAACGAGCUGGAAACAUUUCACUUUUCUAAGUGCUUGUCCGUUGAACACAUAUUAUCACUGUAUGGACUGAAUAACCAUAGUCAGCUAACAUCAGCAAACUUUGAAUAUAUCUGCCCAGCGAUUGUACAGCAAGCUAUUAUUCAGCCUUGUGUUUUCAAAGCAGAUGAACCAGUACUUAUUAAAUCAGUACCUUACCAAGUCUGGGGGUUUGGAAUCCUAGCUGUAACCCUUAUCAAUUUGGCCUCACUCCUGGGUCUUGCUCUGGUUCCUUUUAUCAAGAAGCCAUAUUUCCCAAAAGUGUUGACAUACUUUAUUGGGCUGGCCAUUGGCACUCUUUUCUCAAAUGCUGUUCUGCAACUUAUUCCAGAGGCCUUUGGAUUUGAUCCUAAAGUGGAUAAUUAUGUUCUUCAAGCAGCUGGCAUAUUUGGAGGAUUCUACAUUCUUUACUUCACAGAAAGGUUGUUACAGAUAGCAUUAAAAACAGAGCACCAGCAUGGACAUAGUCACUACAAUCCUUCAGAUGAGUCGUCGGAUGGUGAUAAAAUUGGAAUGGAUACCAUCAGGAAUGGAGACCCUGUCGAUGAUAGCACCCAGAUUGUCACUGUAACCAGUUUCAGCAACUGUAGCGAUGGAGGCAGUAUUAGUGAUGCUCCUAACAUAGUGCAGGACACCCAGUUGUCACGAGGCUACUGUAGCUGGCUUAAAGGCCCAAGGAUUUCUAACAUAAAAACAGUUGCUUGGAUGAUAACACUGAGUGAUGCCGUCCAUAACUUCAUUGAUGGACUGGCCAUUGGUGCUUCCUUCACAGUGUCAGUGUUCCAGGGGGUGAGCACCUCGAUAGCGAUCGUGUGUGAGGAGUUUCCUCAUGAGCUGGGUGAUUUUGUGAUCCUAUUAAAUGCAGGCAUGAGCAUCCCACAGACCUUGUUCUUUAACCUCUUUUCCGCCUGCACCUGCUACAUCGGACUGGUUGUGGGAAUUCUUAUAGGCAGCAACUUCUCUCCCAAUAUCAUCUUUGGACUUGCAGGUGGAAUGUUCUUGUACAUUGCUCUGGCAGACAUGUUCCCAGAGAUGAAUGCCAUUCUGGGACCUGAAGAAAGAAACACAAAAAACAAUGUCAUAUUUUUCCUAAUACAGAAUGCUGGCCUGUUAUCUGGGUUCUUUGUUAUCCUGCUAAUCACAGUGUUUGCUGGUGAGAUUAACUUUGGUAAGACUCCUUGAAGGGUUCAAGGUGCAUGUAAGUUUCAGAACCAAGUGGACCGAUAAGGAACAAACUGAAAGCACACAGUAAACACAGUACAACAUAUUGGUGCUAAAUGCAAUAUAUCUGCUGAGUGCAGAUCAAUUAAUUGUGACUAGUUUUGGUAGAACUUGAUUAUAUCUUUGAGAUGGAUAACAAGCCAAGACAAUGACUGUAUUGAUUUAUACUUUUUUUCAUAGUCACAGUAAAGGCAUAAGAAUAGGAUACUUAUGGAUUGAUUUGAUCACCCUACAGCUGUCUGCAAAAGUUUUGCAUCACCCUAUAGAAUUAACUAAUUUUGCUUUAUAAAGUCAAAUGAAACCUGCUGAAUAAUGUUACAUUAGCAUAAUGAAGUACAUACCGCCUCUUUGUACAUUUCUAUAUACUUAACCAAAAACUGACAUAAAUAGAAAAAGUUGAAAAUUUAACGUGAAGUACUGUACUACUAUUAUGGCUUCCUGUAGACUUUUGCGGUAUUGUG